AUGGCCUACGAUGGCUACUAUGCGCCCUCAAGCCAUUACCAGCCGAGCAGCAUGAGCACGAGCAUGCACUUGGAUCCGAAUGACCAGCACGGAUAUCCUCCUAAUCCACCAUAUCCAUCCAACAGCUAUGAGGCCGACCGUCUGAAUAUGCCCCAGCCGCAGAUGCCCCCACCAGGGUCGUCUCCCGUCAGUAGGGAAGCUGACCGAGUACGAUCAUCGUCCAUGGGGCCCAGCCACGGUCAUAUCAAUGAUGCGGUGAGCUCAGCUGUCAACCACGCCAACUCGACCGACUAUUUGUCUCCGGACGUUGUCAGCCAGAUCACGGCGACGGUGAUUCAACAGCUCAAAGCGACGGGAUUGGGCAACCUCCAGGGCAACGCACCGCCGGCGGCGGCAGCUCCCCCUCCACGAUCACAAUCACAGCAGCAAGCGUGGCCUGCAGGUCCCGAUUUGACUUCUCGUUCUCAAGCCGACUCCCCCCCUGCGUCUACUCAAUGGAACGAGUCGAUUCCACAGUUUGCGCCGCAGGCGCAGGUCAGUCCACGGUCCAGUAACCUCGACACCUCCCAGCCGCAUUCCGUGCCUCAAGCGACGUCCUCCUCAGCAUAUCCGAGCGACACUCGUCCAUCAGCCAAAUCAUCGCCAGAUCCAGUCCGAGGAAGACAAGACUCAGUGUCCAGUCAUGGCAGUCAGAGAGUAGAGCGGCCGAAGCCGCCAUCCCGAGAUGCGACGGUGGUGGAGAUGACGACAUUGGAAAAAAUCUGGGGCAAGCUGUUUGUGGACGGACAACCAACGAAGAGGCUAGGCCAAUUCUUGCGAGGAAUUGCUAUGCACCUGAUUGAGGAUUACCCCCCGGGAAACACGCUUGUGGUCGUUCCGGAUAAGUUGCAGAAGUUUUAUGCAGAUACAGAAGUCUCAUGGGACCCUUAUCCUUGGCAAGACAUCUUUGACGACCGAACAUCCUCGAUCUCCAGGCUAUUCCGGGAAGUGAAAGCGCAGCAUCACCUGGUCCAGCUUGACGAUCUCACUGAAAGACCGGAUAUACCAGGUCUUACUCCUGAAGGGUUCGAAUCGUGGGCUACGAUUAUGAUUCAGACGCAUCCCGAGCGAGAGUAUGAGCGGCUGCAAAAGGCAGUGCUGAAUAUGCCCAUCAGUAAUCCUGAUGACAAAAAGGAGCGAUUCCCCAAAGAGAUUCCGCGCCGCCUCUUCCCCGAGGUUCCCGACUUGAAAUUAAGGGAGCAAGUUGAUGAUUAUAUCAUGCGGCACUGUGGUGUCGAUUUGCCACCAAUCACCGAGGAAGAACGCUUGCGUGCCAGUCGUGUCAAAAAAGCUGCACCCGCCUCUUCAUCUGCCUGCCACCUAGACCCCUCUCAAUCUACUAGACCGGCGUCUGGCUCUUUCAAUCGAUCUCGAUCGUUUGAACGUGAACGCCCAUCCGGGUCCGUUUCAUCGUCGUCUGCGGUGGUUGACGAUGAGGACGAAGCCCUUCCCUCAAAGCCCAUUGAGAGGGAAAGGAAACCUUAUUCGGUACAACCGGGAGGUGGCAAGAAAUUUGAAGACACCAGCCUCCCACGAAGUCGCACCGAAAGUAUCUCGUCCGGUCGCCCCGUUGAAGUGCCGAGCUCCGCCACAAGCCAUCGACACUCGACGUCGGACAAGUACACUCCGGACACACUCUACGCUGGCCGCGGAGUGUCUGGAACAGGCAAGACACGCCGUCGGUAUUCCAGAGGUUCGCGCAGCUCCUCUCGAAGUGUAGGUAACGAGUACAGACGUUCCGAAAGCGACCUUCUUGGACGGGACUCGGCGUCCUCGCGAUAUGGCACGGCUUCCACUGGUGAUAUCUACACUGAAUCGCCUACCUCUAUUCUGCCAGAGGAUGACAUUCGACGAUAUCGUGAGCACCAUCGCGGCGGUAGCCGCACGGGUGACGAGGAAUACUAUCGCGGAUUACUUGGUGGUCAGGGUGGCGGUCCUGUGCAUGACCACAAGCGAUAUCACUGA